UAUUACCUGUAGUGAAUUGAAUGAUCUGUGGUCAUAAAUAAAAAUAAGAAUUCGUGUUUAAAAUAAUUAUAAGAAAGAGCAGUAAAUAAAGAUUGUCGUAAACAAAACACGAGUAGACAAAUUUAUUGAUUAUCGUAACAAAUACUUAAUCGAUUUAGUUAUUCACGGAUAUGACUUCUCUAGUUUUACUUAAAUCAAUUUUAUUGGCGAGUGUUUUGCAAAAAAACAAAAAGAAAAAAAAAAUUAAAUCAAAGAAAUUGUUUUCUACAAACAAAAUAGAUUUAAAGAUAUGUCGUGUAUGCAAUGAAGAAAAAGGAGAAAUACCGAUAUUUAAUGAUUGUAUACAGCCUAACAUACCAGAAGAAAUAAAACAUUUUUCAGGAGUUUCAAUAUUUAAAACCGAUAAUUUACCAAAGCAAAUAUGUCAAAACUGUUUGGAUUUACUAAAUGGCUGUAUAAUGUUUCGAGAAAUGUGCCAAAAGACGAACCAGCUUAUGAAAAGAAUUUCCUCGGUCCCAGAAAUUGCACCUUGUAUCAGAAAGGAGGAGGAUGUGAAGAAAGAUUUUACAAUUGACCAAAAUGGAAGUGAUGAAUCAUUGAACAUACCUUCACCGACAUGUUCAGAAGACAAUUCAGAAAUAUGGAACUGUACUUCUUGUAAAACAGAAUAUUACAAUCUGGAAUCAUACAACAAACAUUUAGUUGAAUGUAAAACACAGAUCAACGAUUUGAAACCUGAACUAGAUCGGAAAAGAACAAAAGAGACAUUCCUCUGUGAUAUUUGUGGAAAAGUUGCCCGUUCCAAUGCAAAUCUUCUCAUUCAUAUGGCCAUACAUGAGAAUAUAUUUCCUUUCAAAUGCGAUCAAUGUCCUUACCAAGGGAGGACAAUGGAUCUGCUCAGAGUACACAGACGAACACACAUGGCUGAUAAGCCAUUCAAAUGUGCACACUGCCCUAAAUCUACGACCACGUCCAGUAACCUAAUGAAGCACAUACGACAUGUUCACAGCAAAACUAGGCCUUAUAAGUGCACAUAUUGCGAUAAAGCAUUCUCUUACCAACAUGAUAUGAAGAGACACAUAAAAGACAUUCAUCUAAGACAGGGUACCGUUGAAUGCGAUAUAUGUUUCAAAAAAUUUAAUACAAAAAAAAUAUUACAAGGACAUCGUUUUAAGAUUCACAAAAUAAAAGGCGAAAGACACGGACGUUUGCCUUCUUAUUUGCAAUGUCAACAACCCAACGAAAAUAAACAAAAUGAAUGCGAGUCUGUUGUCUAUUAAUAGAAAUUAUGUGCAAUAUUUUGUAAUUAAACCAUAGUCGCACAUUUGUAUUACAUAUAAAUGCUGUUUUGCAAUAUUUUAGAAAAAUUUUAUGAAAUUAUACUCAAAUAGAUAUACGUUAUUUAUAACAAAACAACAAAAGACUUAUUAUUAUUUAUGUGAUAUUUAUUUUUUUUAUUGAAUAAUUUAAGAGUUAACAUUAUCUUAGCAGAAGGCAAUUAUGCGGAGUCACUGGACUUAUAUCUCCGAUGAUUUAUUAAAACUUUAAUAUUAUUUUUAUUUCUCGAUUUCUAAUAAAACAUUGAAAGAAGU